UCAACACAGUCAGAGUAGGCUGGAGUGAAGCUCCACUUUCCACUGUCACACUCUCUGCAUCACUUGAAUCCCCUGAAUCCACCGCCUCUACUUCUCUGUUGUCCGUUAGUUUCGGGUGGAAGCGCAGACAUCAGCAUCAGAAGCGGCAGCAGCAGAGAUGAACCGGUCUGUGAGCCCCGUCUGGAGCCCCUGCAGGAGGCAGGAGCAGCGGGGCGGUCAGCAGCACAGCCCGGCUGCAGCCGACCACCGUGUCCCGUCAGGGUCCAGGGACGGUGGCGCAGGGUCGGGCCCCCAGCAGCACAAAACAGCCCGCAGCAAACGGCACCUGGAGGGGGUGUUGAAGAAAUACACCAACCUGCUCCAGGGCUGGCAGAGCAGAUAUUUUGUACUUGAUCCAGAGGUCGGUCAGCUCAAAUAUUAUUUAAAUGAACUCAAUAAAAGCCAGAAUCCUCCUCGAGGCUCCCUUCCUCUUCUCGGUGCGAUGGUGGUCUCCAGUGAUGACUUCCCCUUCAUGUUUACUGUUCAAUCCACCACUGGAGACUUCUACAAACUCAGAGCAUCAGACGCUCAGGAGCAGGAGUUAUGGAUGACACAGUUACAGUUAUGUUCUCGACGUCACUCUGACAGCAGCGCCAAGGUGCUGAUCCAGGCUGAAGGACAACAGAAGAACAUGGUGAACUCUGUGGAAUCCCUUCCCCACCGACGUGGACCGCUUUCCUCUCUGGAUGGGGACCUUUUGCUUCUAAAGGCCACUUCAUCUGCCACCUUAAGCUGCCUUGGGGAAUGUCUCAGCAUGCUGCAGCACAACGUCAGCCAGGCUCUAAACCAGAACCAGAAUCAGAAUCAGAACCAGAAUCAAAACCAGAAUCAGAACCACAUCCCCAGUCCCAGUCCCAGUCCCAGCCUCAGUCAGACGUCAGAGGGUUUGAAUCAGGGAACCCCCACAGACAGAGCGAAGCCGUGGGGUCAGCGUCAAAACUCCGUUGUGAGCCAGGUGGAGCCCGGCGGCCUCAGGUCCAACAACCAGAGCCCGACUCACAGCUUCGGAGAGAACCGGAGUCCCAAACACAGCAGCAGCAGCUACAGGGGGAGAAGAGGAAGUGGACUCAACUGUGUCCAGAACCAGAGUCAAAGCUGGGCCCAUGCAGAUGGUCCUGGAUCUCCCAGACCUCCUUCUGAGAAGCAGAUGAAAAACAGCACAUCGACAUCACUCUCCUGCUCCAACAGACCUCCUUUCACUCAGACACAGAAGGAACCUGGAUGCCUCACUGAGCAGCAGGGUCAGUCCAGUGGUCCAGACGCCCUGGAUCCCAGUGAUGAACAUACAGACACCGAGGACAACGAGGAGGAGGAUCUGGGAGUUUUAGACGACCAGCGAAGCAUCAUCCUCCACCUCCUGUCGCAGCUCAAACUGGGCAUGGACCUCACACGGGUGGUGCUACCGACCUUCAUUUUAGAAAAGCGCUCCUUACUUGAAAUGUACGCCAACUUCAUGGCUCACCCAGACAUGUUCCUGUCCAUCACCUCUGGCUGCACGCCGGAAGAACGCAUCAUACGAUUUGUCGAAUACUACCUGACCGCCUUCCACGAAGGUCGAAAGGGUGCUGUGGCCAAGAAGCCCUACAACCCGAUCCUGGGUGAGAACUUCCACUGUUCCUGGAACGUGCCUCGAGACCGCGUCCGACCUCUCAGGACUACCACCUCCACAGCCACGGCCCCUCCUACCACCACGGGGUCCUCACAGAGGGGGAACUCAGACUGCUACUGUGUUCGGUUUGUAGCCGAGCAGGUUUCCCACCACCCUCCAGUGUCUGGAUUCUAUUGUGAGUGUAAGGAGAAGAAGAUGUGUGUCAACACUCAUGUGUGGACCAAGAGCAAGUUCAUGGGCAUGUCUGUGGGGGUCUCCAUGGUCGGAGAAGGUGUUCUGUAUCUAUUGGAACAUGAUGAGGAGUAUGUGUUCACGCUGCCCUGUGCCUAUGCUCGCUCCAUCCUCACGGUGCCGUGGGUCGAACUGGGGGGAAAGGUCACCAUCAGCUGCGCAAAGAGUGGCUACUCAGCCACUGUUACCUUCCACACCAAACCCUUCUACGGAGGCAAAGUACACAGAGUCACAGCAGAGGUGAAACACAACCAGACAGGAAAUAUAGUGUGUAAAGCGCAAGGAGAGUGGAACGGGAUCCUGGAGUUCACCUACAGCAACGGGGAAACCAAGGUGAUCGAUACGUCCAAACUUCCAGUUAUCAAGAAGAAAAUCCGAACUCUAGAGAAGCAGGGCCCGUACGAGUCACGCCGUCUUUGGCAGCAUGUAACCGAAUCACUGAGGGCAGGAAACAUGGAUGAGGCCACAGAACAUAAACACCGCCUGGAGGAGAAGCAGCGCAGUGAGGGUAAACAGAGAGCCGCCACCAAAACCCCCUGGAAACCCAAGUACUUCAUCAAAGAGGGAGAAGGCUGGGUGUAUCACCGCCCACUGUGGGCAACUCACUGACCAGGAGGGAACUGUCCUCCAGAGGACGACUACGUGAUCAGGGACGAGGGCCGGUCGAUGAGGAGACAUGAAGGGAACGGCAGAGAAUCAGAGUGGAUGAAAUAGAAAAGACUCUGAGAUCUGGAACAAGAUGGUGCCAAAGACGAUCAGAGGAGGACGGAUACCGCUCUGUUCGAUCAGAAACGAUGAUGAGAGGAUCUUAAAUGGAUGCAGCCGCUUUUGAGAUUACAGAAAGGACUGGGGCAGAAAGAACUGAAUAUAUUUUCUGACUUUUAAUUCAGAAAACAACUAUAAACAGCGACUGCCCCUGUCAGUUUUAGUUGUUUAAACAAUGUACUGAAAAGUGUUGGUCACAACAGUUUUGCACAAUUCACCAAACAUUAGACUGUAAACAGCACUGCAUAUAUAUGAGCAAUGUACGUGUGGUUUUUGGUGGCUGGUUAUGUUCAGGUGUGUGUUUGUAAGUGCGACUGGAUAUUAUUUAGCCAUGAAAAACAACGCCGUUCACUUAUUUCAUAGCCUCCACAGAGAGCAAAGUAGAAUGUGUCAUUUGCUGCAGACAUUUUAGAUAUUUCAGUGAAGUUAUGGAGCAUAUGUUAUAGCAGAGGUUAUGUUAGUUAGACAAAAGGCUCAAUAUGUAUCACAUUAAAGUUAUAAAAGUGACCUUUCACCGUCACUGUUGCAACUGAUCCUUACAGGCUAAUAAAACACAUUCCAUUAUAGUAUCGCUGAAUACAUCACUGAGAUAUUCAUUGUUUUGCAAUUUAGCGUGACAGAUGUUUAACUUUACAUUCAACAGAAUAAAACACAUUUUCUCACUACCUCAUGUGAUAUGUAGCUGUUCAGACAGAUUCAUUUUGAUGUUUCUCCCCCAGCACAAUAGAGAUGAAGGAUAUUUAGUCUGCGUACAGUACAAAAAAUUAAAACUAAACUUUACUUACACAAUAUAUGAUCAGGUAGAAUAAAACACAGUGGGCCUCAUGCAAGAUGUUUUAGUGCUAACAAAGUUGUUCUUAAAUGCCACAUUCAUCUUUUUUGACAUAUUUUGACAGAUACAAACACAAUUUGUGAGUCCAGAUCUGCUCUAGGAUGUAAUUAGUUUGCUUUAAGGUUUUUAUUAAAUGACUGUAUAUUUCAUUACUUUGGAGCAAUUGUGUUUGAAAAAACCCACAAUUCGUUACAUCCGUCAUGUUUAUUCAGGUCAUUUACAUAUAUUUCUAAAAAGUACAUGUUGUACUGACUCAGUUUAUUCAGAUCCUCCACAGAACAUAGAUGUUUUCCAGGAUAUGUGGUGUGAUGUUUUAAAGAGUAAUUUUUCACCAAAACAAAAUUCAGUUUAUAAUCUGUAGAGAGGUAGAGAACAUAUAGUUAAACCUCCAGUAAGACUUUGAUAUGUGUCAAUAUGUCAAUCAAAACAUAACUAUAAAGCAUGUUUUCAAAAAAAAAAAAAAAAAAUCACUACAAUUCAAAGUGUUUUACAAAUGAUUGAUGAAAAAGCAAAUUAAGGACAACCAAACAAUUAAACAAAAGGAAUAUUACACAAUAAAUAGAUUUUUAAGCAUCCUAGAACUGGAAGAGGAUGUGCAUUUUCAUUUCUGAUGUCUUCCUAAUUUCUGCCCACUACAACCUUAAACAAAGUCAAUAUUACAAUAUUUUUACUACAAAUACACCUGAUAAUAUCCGAUACCAGAAUAAUAUUGCAUCCUUUAUCCAAGCAAACCGAAAAGCUACAUUAAAGGAUUUCAGGGCAUUACAAGGAAUACGUUGAGACAUCAGUGAAGUGGUACCAGUAGGGUAUUUUUGUGUAAAGUUAAACUGGUACUUCCAAUUAGGAUCAAAGAACAUUGAUUUGUAGUUCAGGGAAUAAAAAAAGAGCUUGAAAAAUACAUUAGCUAAACUUUGAACAAGCCCAAAACAUGUUUAGUGGGUCUAUUAUAGUCUGGAAAUACUUUAGCUAACCAGAUUAAUAGUUCAGACUUGCAACCUGAUAAAAUAAAUACAGGUAACUUCUGUUAUCUGGCUUCUCUGUUAAAGGUAAAUAACUCUUAUGAAUUGCUUUUGUGCAUUCAUGGUCAGCUUUUUGUUGUAUAUUUUGGCACAAUAGUCAGAUUCUAAUCAUCAUCCUCUGCCUUGACAGUUGCUCUACCUCUGAUUAUGCGUCUGAAACCAAAAUGGCCGCACAAAUUUGAUAAAUCUAAACUCUGACCACAUUUCAGUCCUUAUUUAAACUAUUUUCACUGAACAGCUGCAUUUCACCUAAUAUAGCACAAGUCUGGUUUAGUACAUAAGCUGGUGAGGUGUUUGCCUUUUGUAACUCAUAAGCAUUAUUGUGCACUUUGUAGAUAAGCUGUCAUUAGGUGUCAGGACACACACAGUGAGGCAUUUGUGCUUUCUGUAGGAUUACUAUUGCGUGGUUCUUGUUGGGGUAUCAGCCUAAACAUUAUUGUUAGUGCUGGGUUAAACACUUUUCUCUGGAUCUAAACAUGUGAAGUAGCUUAAUGUAGUCCUGAAUCACAACCAUUUAGACCAUUUUAAUUCCAUAAGCAUCUCAACUCUAAAACUACUUUCUUUCUUUUGUCUAAUGACUAAAGUGAUUUAGAAAAUCCAUUAAUCAAAGUCACACUAGAGCAUCAUUUGGUUUUCACUGAUAAUCUCCCUUGUGGGCAGAACUGUAGAGUCACCAUACAUCGUAGCCUCAGUCUGACAAAUACAUAAUCAAACACAAACCUAUGCAACCGUAGACUGGGGGGACUGGGAACUGAACAAGCUCUGUAUUUGUAUUUGUUUAAAUUAAAGGUCUCUUAUUAAUCAACCU